CAGUACGGAAUGCUACUUAAUGCCACUUCCAAGUAAACAGUUCGGAGUUGGGUUUGCGGCGUAUUGGGUCAUUGGCGCAUCCUAGAAUCUUUUCAGAUGUCCCUAAACCUAUUCUGAGGCGGUCGUUGUUUGCCCAGAUGCAUUUGCGACUUUUUGUGAUUUUAACCCUGGUCAGCAAUGCAAUGAUGUUGAGCCCGACUGCAGAAAAGCGAAGUGCCGCCAGAGAUGUCCCUGAGGACUGCAGGAGUUGUCUGGUCUGCUCCAGAGAGAACGGCUGUGAGAGUUGUCCGGAGAAGCUCUUCCUCUUCCUCAGCAGGGAGGACAUGCGGCACCACGGGUCCUGCCUGCACUCCUGUCCCGCGGGACACUACGGCAUGAGGGGCCAGGACAUGAACCUGUGUUUGAAAUGCAAAGCUGCCAACUGUGAGAGGUGCUUCAAUAAAGAUUUCUGUACAAAAUGCAAAGGUGGUUUCCAGCUCUUUAAAGGCAAAUGCUUAACUACCUGCCCAGAAGGCACGAUUCCACACCUAACAGACUGCAUAGAGGGCUGCCAGGUGCGUGAGUGGGGGGAGUGGAGCACCUGUGAGCGGAAUGGGGUGCACUGCGGCUUCAGGUGGGGCAGGCAGACCCGGAGCAGAGAGUCCCACGGAGGCCAGGAGGGGGCGCCGCUGCCCUGUCCCACCCAGCACGAAAGCAGGAAGUGCCGGAUGAGGAAGAGGUGUCCCGAAGACAAAAGAAAAAAGGGGAGGAGAGGUGAGCGGAGGAAAGAGAGGAAACAUCAGAGGUUCCACAGCAACGCUACGACGACAGAACCACCGGAGGAACUUAAAACUGUAACACAAUCACCGGGGGGAACCUAAAACUGUAACACAGUCACACUGUAGCAGAAUUAUUGAUGGGAACCUAAAGACAGCAAUGCAGUUACU